UUACGCAGACCGCCUACAAUAAAAAGCGUUUCUUUGUCAUCAAAAUAAUAUUUUUCAUACAUUUUUUAUUAGAGGAAAUGUCGUUGGCAUUUGUACCGCCGCAGCAGAAGGGCCCAAAAGGUCCUCCUCCGAACCAAGCCAGUAUACAAAAGAUGCUUGAUGAAAAUAGCCAGCUGAUCCAGACCAUAUCAGAGUACCAGAGUAGAGGGAAAGCUUCAGAAUGUGUUCAAUAUCAGCAGAUGUUGCACAGGAACCUUGUUUAUCUAGCAACUCUUGCUGAUGCUAAUCAAAAUGUCCAGUCACUGUUACCUGCACCUAAUCAGAACACUCCGGGGCCUUCACCAAACCCCCAGAUGAACCAGAUGAGGUCACCGUCAAAUAUGCCUCCAAAUCAGAUGAAUCAAGGGCGCAUGAAUCCAAUGAAUGUCCCUACGUCUCAGCAGUAUUCCCCCAUGGGAGCCCCACAGCAACAAGGUAUGGCUAGUGGGGGCUACUCACAGGGGUCACAGCAACAAUAUGGGGAUUGCUCGGGUCACGAGACUGGAAUGAACCAAACGUCUUACAGUCAAUCCAUGGGUAACCAAGGUCAGAUGAAUAACCCUUCAUACAAUCAGCAACCACCAGGGAAUCAGAGUUUCCCCAAUCAGCAGACUCCCAUGCCACAGAGUCAGCCCAAUCAAGGCAUGAUGCCACAGCAAAAUCAGCCUAUGAUGUCACAGCCAGGAAGCCAGCCACCAAUGUCUCAAAGCCAGCCUAUGAUGUCACAAAAUCAGCAAACAUCACAGCCAAAUCAGGCCAUGAUGUCACAAAGUAAUUCAACAAUGUCACAAAAUCAGACAUCCAUGUCACAAAGCCAGCCAAUGUCAACUGGACAACCAAUGAUGUCACAAAGUCAGCCUAUGAUGUCACAAAAUCAGCCAAUAAUGUCACAGAACCAGCCUAUGAUGUCACAAAAUCAGCCAAUGAUGUCACAGAAUCCACCUAUGAUGUCACAAAAUCCCCCAAUGAUGUCACAGAAUCAACCUAUGAUGUCACAGAAUCAGCCAAUGAUGUCACAGAAUCAGCAGAUGAUGUCACAGAAUCAGCCAAUGAUGUCAGGCUCCCAAGGUGGCAACCAGAUGAUGGGAUCUGGCCAGAUGAGACAGCAAGGACAGCCUGGACAAGGGAUGUUUAAGAGGCCUCAAAUGCAAGGUCCGCAGCCUUAUAGUGGAGGCCCAGGUGGUAGUUAUCCUAACCAAGGUCAAUAUGGUGGACAGGGUAACUACGGACCUGGAGGUCAAGGUCAAGGAGGUUUCCCACAAGGGCAAGGAUAUAAUCAAACAGGGUCA